UCCUCUGCACUCUCCCUCCCACAGGCUGUGCUCAUACUCACAUACACUCUUUACCAAUAGGACACUGGACAUACAUUCACAUACUCCUUCACUUACAAUCUGCAGCCGCAGGGCACAGACAUACACCACUAUACGCAUUCAGACACUUUGAGUUCAUAGAGGCAGUUGCAGACACUUUCACUUCACACACAUUUAUUUCUCCUUUUACAAAUCUCAAACGGGGAAAAAAAAGAAGAAGAAAUGAGGACAAUUGUGCUUUGCGUUUGUGCCAGCCUCCUGCUUACAGCCACCUUGGUGCCGCGCAUCAGCCAGGCAGUGGACUUGCCCAUCAACUCACACCAGAGGUGGGACGCGAGAGGACCCUAUUCUUCAGGAUCUGAAACUGGGACCUCCACCUCCUGCCCCAUUAAACUGAGACCCUCGGGCCAGUGUGGGAGCUCUGGGGCCGGGGCAGAGGAGGGGGAGGACUGCCCUUACCAGCUCACCCUGCCUCCCCUCACCAUCCAGCUGCCCAAGCAGUUCAGGCUGCUGGAGAAGACGAUGAAGGAGCUGCAGAGUCUGAAGGAGGUUGUCAACAAGCUGAAAAGCGGGUGCCAGGAGUGCCGCGGGGCACGGGGCAGUGGAGCUUUUGGAAAUCAGCAAGCUGACCAGGGACAGACGCAGGUCCCCAUUCAGAAGGAUGCUGAGGGAGAAGUGAGACUGGACCUAGCAGGACAGGACGUGCAAGGUGGGUCCAGCCAAGAGGAGAGGGGAGAUGGGAUGGUCCCUGGAGCUACUGUGGACGUUGCUGGAGUGGGGCAUGGUUCUAUUUUUGGGAAAAUUACACCGAGCCCGAGCAGUAUGCAGGAGAUGCAGGUGAAGCUGAAUAGGAUGUCAGCCAGCCUGCGCAACGCUAGGAACCAGAUCUCGGCCGUGCAGGGACGCCUCGAGGGGCUCAGUCUGCUCAACAUGGACAACGUGCAGGCUAUGGUGGAUAGGCGGGUGGAGAACAUCAGCGGAGUGGUCAACAAACUCAGCUCCACGUGCACUACCCAGUGUCCCGUGCAGAACACCCCUCAGUUCAUCUUAGCCCCUCGGGAUUGUUCAGACUACAAUGUGCUGGAGGCGAGGAAGAACGGCGUGUAUCGGGUGACCCCUGAUCCCCGCAACGGCACAUUUGAGGUCUUCUGUGACAUGGAGUCUUUUGGAGGUGGUUGGACCGUGAUACAGCAACGGCUCGAUGGGUCUGUCAGCUUCAACCGCACCUGGGCCGAGUAUAAGAAAGGCUUCGGGAACCUAAGAAGUGAGUUCUGGCUGGGCAACGACCAUAUCCACUUGAUGACGAAAGCCAAAGACAUGGUCCUCCGCAUCGAGCUGGAGGACUUUGAGGGUGUCCGGGAGUAUGCAAAGUACGACCAGUUCUAUGUGGCCAAUGAAUACCUUCGCUACAAGCUGUCGAUCAGUGGAUACAGUGGGACAGCUGGGAACGCCAUCAUUUUCAACAAGCACUUCAACCAUGACCAGAAGUUUUUCUCCACGCCCGACCGCGACAACGACGUGUAUCCCUCCGGAAACUGCGGCGCCUACUACAGCUCCGGCUGGUGGUUCGCUGCCUGCAUGUCCGCCAACCUCAACGGGAAGUACUAUCACAAGAGGUACAAGGGAGUCAGGAACGGGAUCUUCUGGGGAACAUGGCACAACAUGUCGACAGAGUACUACCCUACUAACUACAGGCAGGCCUUCAAAACGGUCAAGAUGAUGAUUCGGCCCAAGAACUACGCUCCUUAGGAGGACGGCUAAAUAUUUAAUAUAGUCAGACGAACAGAUAGAUGGACGAACACAGACAAAGACAGACAGAAAAUGGAUGAACAAGUAGAAACUCAGACACUCAUACACAUGAGCAUAGUCAAGCAUUUGCACACAUUUACACAUGCAUACGUGUACACCGGAAAAGCAACUUUAAGCCCUUUAGACCGUUUGAAUGCAGUAACAACAACAAUAAUUGAGAAGAAAUGUAACUGUGCCAUUACUUUUUCCCACUGCAGUGAGUGUGGCCUUCAAAAUGUUGGAUUAAAAUGAUGAUACUAAAGGACAAUGGACUAUGAAUGAUGAUGGACUCAUAAAAAAAAUAAAAAAGCACAUGCAGUGUAAAGGCCAGCCUCCUGCAGGGGGCCAUAAUAUUAUACGGAGGGUUACAGUGAAAGAUUUUUCACUGUUUCUCUGACAUUUUUCCACUUUGUGUCCUGCUGCCUCCUGCUAUAAACCCAACGGAGACACAGCACAGCACACAGUAGCAGUAAAAACUAAUGAGCUGUCAUUUUCUCCGCUCUAAAUGGUUUAAUAAUUAACAGCAGCCACUCAAGUGAGGGAUAUGAGAGCUGAUGAAACAGUUUUGAGUGGCUCUGAAAUCCAUUGUAAACGACUUCAUGCCGGGGUCAGAGUCAAACCGUUCAAAAGAAAUUUAAAAAUAACUACAGCAAGUGAUAUACUACACAUGUUGGGCAGCAGUGCACUUAAUGGCUUCUGUGUCGUUUGUUUAAUUACACUGGGACACUUUGCUAAUGUACUGUCAUCCUGUACAAUAUAAAACAUCCCCCGUAUGAAUAUGCAGCCUGAGAUACAAUUUCCAUUGGAUCAUUUCCGAGUACAUUCUGCAUUAUUGACGCUCAAGUAAAUUCUUCGUGACAGCAGCCGUGGAGUACGACACUGCUGCAAGGAAAAACUGUUCCAAUUGUAUUUCCACCGUUAUCUCUAGCAGCACUGAAGUACUGCUCAUCUCUGGAUGUCGCACACCAGUUUUCACAUGUAGAAAAAAAAACAAAAAAACAUCCCUGAAUCACCACUUGUACAAUACUGCCGCCUAAUGUUAGAAAACUGUAUAGCAUCAUUUAAUCCAUCCUAUACACACACACACUGUGAAUGGGAAGGAUGGGGAGAGAAAUGUUUCACUUUAAGGACGUGUACAGUAUUUAUUUUAUUUUGUGAGGUAUGAUAGAUUUUAUAUAAUACAUAGGUCAUAGAAUCCAAGGUCUAAUUUGUUGACAUUUGAGCAAUGAUAAGGUGUGCAUUAUUGUGACCAUUUAUAGUAAUUAUGUGUGUAUUUGGAGCUUUGCGUGUACAAUAUUGAUCUUUUCUAUCAUUCAUAUUCAACUGUCAUGCCAAAAGAUAUGCACUUUUUAUACAAAAAAUAAUAAUAAAGUUCUAUCUACA